GGUCUCAAAAUGGAGGUAAAACAGCCGCCCGGCCGCCCCCAGCCCGACUCCGGCCGCCGUCGCCGCCGCCGGGGGGAGGAGGGUCAUGAUCCAAAGGAACCAGAGCAGUUGAGAAAACUGUUUAUUGGUGGCUUGAGCUUUGAAACUACGGAUGAUAGUUUAAGAGAACACUUUGAAAAAUGGGGCACUCUCACGGAUUGUGUGGUGAUGAGAGAUCCUCAAACAAAACGUUCCAGAGGCUUUGGCUUCGUGACUUAUUCUUGCGUAGAAGAGGUAGAUGCAGCAAUGUGUGCUCGGCCACAUAAGGUUGAUGGGCGUGUAGUGGAACCAAAGAGAGCUGUUUCUAGAGAGGAUUCUGUAAAACCUGGUGCACAUCUAACCGUGAAGAAAAUUUUUGUUGGUGGUAUUAAAGAAGAUACAGAAGAAUACAAUUUAAGAGACUACUUUGAAAAGUAUGGCAAGAUCGAAACUAUAGAAGUUAUGGAAGAUCGACAGAGCGGAAAGAAGAGAGGAUUUGCUUUUGUAACUUUUGAUGAUCAUGAUACAGUUGACAAAAUUGUUGUUCAGAAAUAUCAUACUAUUAAUGGGCAUAACUGUGAAGUGAAAAAGGCCCUUUCAAAGCAAGAGAUGCAGUCUGCUGGCUCACAAAGAGGUCGCGGAGGUGGCUCAGGCAAUUUUAUGGGUCGAGGAGGAAACUUUGGAGGUGGUGGAGGAAACUUUGGCCGUGGAGGAAACUUCGGUGGAAGAGGUGGUUAUGGUGGUGGUGGUGGUGGUGGUGGUGGUGGCAGCAGAGGCAGUUAUGGAGGUGGAGAUGGUGGAUAUAAUGGAUUUGGUGGAGAUGGUGGCAACUAUGGAGGUGGUCCUGGCUACAGUAGUAGAGGGGGUUAUGGUGGUGGUGGUGGACCUGGAUAUGGAAACCAAGGUGGUGGAUAUGGUGGUGGUGGAGGAUAUGAUGGUUACAAUGAAGGAGGAAAUUUUGGUGGUGGUAACUAUGGUGGCAGUGGGAACUAUAAUGAUUUUGGAAAUUAUAGUGGGCAGCAGCAAUCAAAUUAUGGACCCAUGAAAGGAGGCAGUUUUGGUGGAAGGAGCUCGGGCAGUCCUUAUGGUGGUGGUUAUGGAUCUGGUGGUGGAAGUGGUGGAUAUGGUAGCAGAAGGUUCUAAAAACUCAACAGAAGAGGGCUACAGUUCUUAGCAGGAGAGAGAGCGAGGAGUUGUCAGGAAAGCUGCAGGUUACUUUGAGACAGUCGUCCCAAAUGCAUUAGAGGAACUGUAAAAAUCUGCCACAGAAGGAACGAUGAUCCAUAGUCAGAAAAGUUACUGCAGCUUAAACAGGAAACCCUUCUUGUUCAGGACUGUCAUAGCCACAGUUUGCAAAAAGUGCAGCUAUUGAUUAAUGCAAUGUAGUGUCAAUUAGAUGUACAUUCCUGAGGUCUUUUAUCUGUUGUAGCUUUGUCUUUUCUUUUUCUUUUCAUUACAUCAGGUAUAUUGCCCUGUAAAUUGUGGUAGUGGUACCAGGAAUAAAAAAUUAAGGAAUUUUUAACUUUUCAAUAUUUGUGUAGUUCAGUUUUUCUACAUUUUAGUACAGAAACUUUAAUGAAAUGCGGUUUUGAAGGUGUUUCCUUGUUAGUUAACAAGUAGAGAAGAUCAUUGUUAAUUACUAUUUUGUAUGAAUUUUGCUAAAGUUAACUGUAAAGAAACACCUGCUGACUUGCAGUCUAAGGGGAAUCUAUUCUCCCCAAACCAAACCAUAACACCCAUUGAUAUGAAUGGGAGUUGACAAGUGGAGAGAAUAGGUAUUUGUAUGUUUGCAAUGUGUGUUUUAGAUAACAACUAGGAUUGGGUAUUUAAAUUAGUAUAUUUGUGAAUUAAUAGCAUUAAGCUUUACCUUUCAAAUGAAAAUUUCAAAUUACCUUUUGGGUUGUGCAUAUAUUUUUUUUUAAUUGUAAUUCUCUAUGAUUUAGUGUGUUAGCUCUGCCAAGUCCUAGUUGUGUUUAUUAAAAAGGUGAAAAAAAAAUCCAUUCUAGAGUUACCUUGGCCACCUUUGAAACUGCUGCCAUAACAUGAUGUUGGUAUAGGAGAUACCUCUUCUCUUCAUGAAGUUCUGGAUGGUGGAGGGGUGGGAGUUGGGGCAGUAGGUUUUUUUUUUCCUUUCCCUCCCUUUUGAAAAAUUUUUCUUAAUGAAUUUAAAGACAUAGCCAACCACUAAGUCUGCUGUAUCCAAGCAAAUAGUGGAUACCUGGGGGUUUUUGUUUUUUAUUUUGUGUUAAUUGGUUUAGGGGGGAAAAGAGGCCCAAGGACCUUUGAAUACUUAACCUUGGUUUAAUGUCUUUUUAAUUUAUACAAGCUGUCAGAGCAAGAGAAUAAAAAGCACGCAUUGUGAAACACUUAAAUGGCUGGCAUGCUUUCCUGCUUACACCAUAUGCAUUUUUCUGGAUGAAACCAAGGAUAGCCUAGGUAUAAUCCUCUAAAACUACCUUCUUGCAGCAGCAAUGUAGCACAAUUGUUUGGUACACAAGCUUUUCGCUUUUGAAGACCCUGAAUUCAAGUUUGAUUCUAAGUAAGAAUUCAUUUGCACUUCAGUGCCUAGACAACAUAUCAUCAUCACCAUCAUCAUAUAUAUCUACUUCAACACAAUGUUGGUAUGAGUUAAUCAGUUUGCUUGAAAAACACUGAUGUGAAGGAGUUCAUGGUCUAGGUACUUUGCCAGCACCAUGUGGGAUAAUAUCCCCACAUAAAGUCUACUGUUUUGCGCCAGAUGAUGCUUAAUGUUUCUUUAAGUACUAAAUAUAUAUGUGUCCCACUGUUGUCCUUUUCUUUGGCCGUUAAACAUUUUAAUCCAGAAACCUCUAUUCUCUGUUCGAUUAAGCACUGGGCAAAACAAGCAAUAAAUGGCGGGUGGGAUUGGAUUUCAAUGGAUUUACUCAUGUUGCUUUAACUUGUGCCAUUGUUCAGUAUUAAUAUGUGGAUGCAUGCUUUGCGAGCAUGGAAAUGGGUUGCAGAUGUGGCAAUUUUCCAGAAGUCAAAACUCACAAACCAAUAAAUGUCAUGAGCAGACAA